AUUAUAAACAACUAUGCUUGUAUUCAUCAGUUUUAACAAGGAAAUAAGUCAGCAUUUAGUGUGAAUUGCUCAUAUAUCUUGCAACAUUUUCUGUAAAAAUUAAGACAAAGGGGGUUAAAGUUUCAAAACAUGCCAGACGCUCAACAAUCCAUUCAUGAAUUGUACGUAACUCAACGGUAGAUGGCGCUCGUGUUCCUAUUAGGUUCAUCACACAAAACAGUAGAAGAAGACUGAGCGCGGGUGACGUUGAUUACGUAGCAACCGCGGUGAAUGCAAAAACCAACACAUUCACAACAUCGACGUCUCUUGCCGGAUAAAAGUGAAAUUAAAGCGCUUGACCUGGAAUACAGGGUGGACAAGAGCUGAAAGAGAGUAACAUGCAGCGAGCGUCUCGUCUGAAGCGGGAGCUGCAGAUGCUGAGCAGCGAGCCUCCUCCAGGGAUCACCUGCUGGCAGACCGAGGACCGCAUCAACGACCUCCGUGCCCAGAUAGUUGGUGGCACAGAUACUCCUUAUGAAGGAGGACUCUUUUCCCUGGAGGUCCUAAUUCCAGAGAGGUACCCAUUUGAACCGCCAAAAAUACGUUUUUUGACCCCCAUCUACCACCCGAACAUCGACAACUCUGGGCGUAUCUGCCAUGAUGCUCUCAAACUUCCACCAAAGGGUGCCUGGAAACCAUCUCUGAACAUCUCCACAGUCCUCACCUCCAUUCAGCUGCUCAUGGCUGAACCCAAUCCAGAUGACCCCCUUAUGGCUGAUAUAUCCUCAGAGUUUAAAUACAACAAAAGCCUGUUCAUGGAGAAAGCCAAGAAGUGGACACAAGAGCACGCAGUUCAGAAAAACAUUGGAGCUGUGAAGGACAACAAAGAAAAUGCACUGGAUCAGAAAGCAUCAUCCCGAAAAAGAGAACCACUCAAUGCCCAGCAGGACACAGAAGAACCAGCAAAAAGAACCUGCAUGUAGUUUCCAUCUACUUGUGUAUCUAAUCUUGCAAAAAACAAUGCCUCACACAGCUGUUAGCUUUUAAACAAACAAACAAUUUUUAUUGAAUUCUUUUAAUUUUGAGCUUAGCUU